GGAGACUGUGUUGCGCAUGCGCACCUAAUGUAACGAGAUGGCGGAGAGUGCGGAACUGAAGCAAAUGGUAAUGAGCCUUCGAGUUUCUGAGCUCCAAGUGUUGUUGGGCUAUGCAGGACGGAAUAAGCAUGGGCGCAAACAUGAACUUUUGACCAAAGCUCUCCACCUACUCAAGGCUGGCUGCAGUCCUGCUGUGCAGAUGAAGAUCAAAGAACUCUACAGACGGCGGUUCCCAACCAAAAUGGUUUCGCCAGUGGACCUAGCUCUUCCCGUUGUUCAUUCUGCGUCCAGCUUGCCCACUGGCCUCGCUCAGCUAGGGUUCGACGGCCACAGCUCUCCCUCACCACUGCUGCCUGUUUCUCUUCUCGGACCUAAGCAUGAGCUGAGUCUGCCUCAUCUCUCCUCCGCUCUUCACCCUGUACACCCUGACGUCAAGCUCCAGAGAUUGCCAUUCUACGAUGUUCUAGAUGAGCUCAUUAAGCCAACAAGCCUGGUUUCAGACAACAGUCAGCGCUUCCAGGAAGCAUGUUAUGCCUUUGCAUUAACGCCACAGCAAGUUCAACAAAUUAGCAGCUCAAUGGACAUAUCUGGGACCAAAUGUGACUUUGCUGUUCAAGUUCAACUAAGAUUUUGCUUAUCGGAGACAAGCUGUCCGCAAGAGGACCAUUUCCCCCCCAAUUUGUGUGUGAAGGUUAAUGGCAAACCAUGUAAUCUCCCAGGCUAUCUCCCUCCCACAAAAAAUGGGGUGGAACCAAAAAGGCCCAGUCGUCCCAUCAACAUAACGUCUCUUGUCCGGCUAUCUACCACUGUCCCCAACACAAUUGUGGUGUCUUGGACAUCAGAAAUCGGAAGGUGUUUUUCUAUGGCGGUGUAUUUGGUAAGACAGCAGUCAUCUGCAGUGUUGUUACAAAGACUACGGGCCAAAGGGAUUAGGAAUCCUGACCACUCAAGAGCCUUGAUCAAGGAGAAGCUGACAGCGGAUCCAGAGAGUGAGAUAGCGACCACCAGUCUACGAGUUUCUCUCCUUUGUCCUCUGGGGAAGAUGAGGCUGACCAUCCCUUGCCGAUCAAUGACAUGCUCACACCUACAGUGCUUUGAUGCUACACUUUAUAUCCAAAUGAACGAGAAGAAGCCGACGUGGGUGUGUCCGGUUUGUGACAAGAAGGCUCCGUAUGAGCAUCUUAUUAUAGACGGGUUGUUCAUGGAAAUCCUGAACAGCUGCUCUGACUGUGACGAAAUCCAGUUCAAGGAAGAUGGAAGCUGGGCCCCCAUGAAGUCAAAGAAAGAAGUUCAGGAGGUGUCGGCGUCCUACAACGGCGUGGACAGCGAUUUGUCCAGAACAGACUCGCAUGAGCAUAAACGAGGGUCGUCUAACGACAACAACAAGAAAGUGGAUGUGAUUGAUUUGACACUGGAUACCUCCUCAGAAGACGAGCAGGACGACGAGCCGCCUCCCAAACGGGUCUGUCCCUCGCUCUCUCCAGUCUCCCCGCCUCCAAACAAAGGAGUGUUGAACCUGCACAGCCAAGCUUCACCCGUGGCCAGAACUCCCAGCAUGCCCCCUGUGGAGAGCAGCUACAUUCCUCCCCCGCCUCCUCUUAUUCAGGACUACCGCCACUAUUAUCACACAAGCGAUCUGCCUGAUCUGAAUUUUUUCUCCUUCCUCCAAAGUGACAAUCAGCAUUACAACAUGGUGAUGGCUGCUGCAGCGGCCGCAUCAGCGUCUGCAUCGGAGGACCACGACCUGCUCCUCAACCGCUUCCUGCCCUACAGCUCCUCCCAGAUGCUGCGGGAGCAGUCGGCCACCCCCGGGGGCAGCACCCUGGCGACCGCCAACGGAGGCAGCAACAGCGGCAGCACCAGCAGUUUGGUGUCUUCCAGCAGUCUACGGGAACGCGACAAGGAAAGAGACAGCCACGGCCUUUCUGGAUUGUCACGGUCCUCUAUGGAGGCAGCGGCGGCGGCGGCCAUUUACGGCUCCUUAUCUGACGUUAUCUCUCUUGACUAGAUCCACGUCGAACUGAAGCACAAGGGAGACCUCGAACAGGAGUUCUUUUGUAAAUAUUAAAAGUGGAAGAUGAAAGAAUACAGUGCUAUGUACAGAGAGGAAAAAUCUAUUUUCAAUUUUACUUAUCAUAUGUAUAUAAACUUGGGACGCCUCUUGUCCAGUGCGUUACUUCGGUUGAUAUUUUUGUGUGAAUACUGAAGACUUUUUCCACA